GAGGGCAAGUGAAGGGUUUAAAGAAGGGGUUUUAGAGUCAGGUGUCAUUUUUCUCUUCAUCAGCUCUCCCCUCCUGAAAGCUUCAAUCCUCAAAGCCCUAAUUCAAAAGGCCCUAAUCCGCCAUGAAUUCACUGUCUCGAACAUUCGUGAAGCUUCUAUCUUCUCCCUCAACCAGAAACCGUGUUCUCCUCCCUCUCCUCACCACUCUCAACCAAUCUUCUUCUUCUUCUUCUUCUUCUUCUCUAUUCUGCCACUUCACAGCCGCUGCCUCAGCCCAGAAAUACCCAUCCCGAAAAUAUAAAGCCGCGCAACAAUCUUCUUCGUUGUUGUCAGCAUCGGUAAUUGAGCCUAGUGCAGAGGAUCAUCCUAGGGACAGAGGAGCUCCGUCUGGUGAUUGGCCGAGGCCAAGCGAGAUUCCAUGGCAGGCCAAGGUGUGCAAUUCGGUGAAUCUGAUUGGUAAGGUUCAUGCUCCAGUUCAGUUUCAGCAGUCUUCUGAUGGCAAGUGUUGGGCUGUUACUGUCAUCGCCCAGGACGCCGAUGCUGCUUCCCAUUCUCCGGCUCUGUGGAUUCCAUUAACAUUUGAAGGUGAUUUGGCUUAUAUUGCUGUGUGUCAUCUGAAGGAAAAUGAUUGUGUCUAUAUAGCUGGACAACUUAUUACUGAUCCACCUCCACUCGAUCUAAAUCAGGGUCCAUCUAGUUUCCAGGUGAUGGUGCAUACCGUUAAUUUUGUCAUGGAAUCUGGUCAAAAGUUUGCACAUCAAAAUGAAGAAAAACCGGCUUCCAAGCAUUCUGGUAAUUCAUCUCUCAAGAAGGGAGGGGACUCUGGAUUAAGCUUAUGGAGAGACCUUAUUAUGAAUCCAAAACAAUGGAGGGAUAACCGUCAGGAUAAACUUAAUGGAUCGGUGAAGCCAAAAUUUCCAGAUUUUAAACGCAAGGAUGAUGGUGUUCCCCUCUGGCUUGAUAGUGCACCAGAAUGGGUUUCCUCAAAACUUGAAGGAUUGGAAUUUGAUAAUCAAACUCAUAAAACGAAAUAUUUAAAGAGGAAUACUGGGGAUGAGUCCUGGAAGAACUUGGUGGAAAACCCAGAUAAAUGGUGGGACAAUAGAUCAUCAAAGACCAAGGAAAAGGCUCCUGAUUUCAAACACAAAGAUACUGGUGAGGCACUAUGGCUCUCCAGCUCACCAGCUUGGGUACUCUCCAAGUUGCCUCCCAUAAAAGCUGGAAAAAAUGUGACCUUCACAAAGAGAGAGACACUUCUGUCUUAAAGCCAAUUUUAGGAAGGAGAAAAUUUAAGGAGCUGCACCUUACUGCCAUCUUUAAAGCAACAGAAAGUUUCCAAAUGCCGUAUGCAUCAUUUAAUCAGAAGGGAAGCAUACUCGCAUUAUCAUUCGACCACCAUUCUGAUGCUCGAGACAUGGGUGAUGUAUUCUUUUAGGAUGAACCUUUAGGCACAUAAAUGAACCUUACUGCUAAGAACAAUCAUACAUAUAUACAAGUUCUGCAGGAUAAGCUGUUUCAGAAUGUUUAUAUUGGGUCGGAACCUGAGCAACCAAGGUUCUAUUUUGCUCCUGCUAGUACUCUGCAGGUGAAUGGUAUUGGAAGGUGAUCUUGACAGUUUA